AUGCAGUGGUUCAGUCUUCUGGCUGUGCUAGCCUCCGCCACCGCUAUCAGUCAGUGUGAUACCGCAUCAAGAGGUGGCGAGUGCCGGAAGCCAAGUGGACACUAUGGACCGGCCUUCCUGCAGUUCAAGAGUCUAGUGAAGCAGGCGACCGGCUGCCAAGGGGACGACGGGACCCUUUGCACCCCUGAAGUGUCGAAAUGCGCGCCUUUCUCUGAAUGGCCUGAUGUGGACAAUGGUGUCACCUGUGGGGGCUGCAAAGCGCUAGUGCUUGCGGCACCUUAUCAAGGCCGCUGCGACCGGUAUUGUGCCAGCUUCGGGCAUCGAUGCACCGCCGCUGCAGAAGAGAAGUCCGAGUCUUGCGAGGCUGAGGAGGAGAAACGUUGCGAUGAGGAAAUCUCUGACACCUCGGACAUCCUUUGCACUUGCGAGCGUGAGGACGGGGCUCCCAGCUCCACUCCCGGGCCUGCCCCCGCCCCUUCGACAACCACCACAGCUCCACCCUCCCCUCCAGCACCCCCAACGCCUGCUCCUCCUGAAGUGUCGAAUUGUGCGCCUUUCUCUGAAUGGCCUGAUGUGGACAAUGGUGUCACCUGUGGGGGCUGCAAAGCGCUAGUGCUUGCGGCACCUUAUCAAGGCCGCUGCGACCGGUAUUGUGCCAGCUUCGGGCAUCGAUGCACCGCCGCUGCAGAAGAGAAGUCCGAGUCUUGCGAGGCUGAGGAGGAGAAACGUUGCGAUGAGGAAAUCUCUGACACCUCGGACAUCCUUUGCACUUGCGAGCGUGAGGACGGGGCUCCCAGCUCCACUCCCGGGCCUGCCCCCGCCCCUUCGACAACCACCACAGCUCCACCCUCCCCUCCAGCACCCCCAACGCCUGCUCCUCCCGCGGAGUGCUGGGCGGAGCUUCCAGACCUGGCUAGGGAGGAAGGCGAAAGCAUUGGGGAGGUGCCGAAAGGCUCAUCAGUGUCGGCGUGCCGGCGCCGCUGCGAUGAGAAUCCCGAGUGCAAAAGCAUCUCCUUCUGCCCAGAAUGGGGCUGCUGGUUGAAGGAUCGCAGCUUCACAGGUACAGAGCCAAGUCGGGAGAAAGGGUCGUGCAAGACGCACUUCAAGACAUCCUGCGAUGCGACGACUACCACUACUGCAAGCUCCAAUCAAAAUGGCUACUUCAAGUUGCGGGUCGUCUCUUACAACAUCUAUUGGUGGAAUGCCUUCGGUCAGAAUCCAUGGAAGGGAGAGAGGAUUCUCAACAACAUCAAGGACAACCUUGUUCCCGAUGCUAUUGGCUUGCAGGAGUGUGACUCUCGCUCGCGGGUCGAAGAUGCGACCGGGCUCCGGCGCGCCUCGAAGUUUGCCGGGGCGCAGGGUGUGAUGGUGGACCCUUCCCGACUUCGCGUCGUGCCAGGCACGUCUGGUUCCGAGGACCUGAAGGCAACAGGUAAGUGGGGACCUAGACACGUCACCUUCGUCCAGCUCGCCGAUACGACCACGGGAAGGACCUUCUGGAUUUUCAACACCCAUUGGUGCGUUGCCAACGGCAAUGGCCGAACUUGCAAUGAGGGCGUGCGCUACGCUGGGGCUCGGAACAUGCUCAGGGUGAUUCAGUCGAAGGCCGGCAACUCCCCGGUAGUUGUGACUGGCGAUUUCAAUGCCGACAUGGACGAGGACGGCCCACAGCACUUCUUUAAGAAUGGCUUCAAGCUAGCAGUCACUGAGUGGGUAGAUGCCAUUUUCUAUACGGAGCAACACUGGAAGCUAGUUGCACAGGGUAAGGGUGACGCGGCACAGAGUGACCAUCGCCCAAUCUUUGCAGAGCUUGAGCUCUUGUGA